UAGAUUAGCAAACAUUUCAUUUGAGUAAACGUCGGUUGAUAUAAAAGCAGUAGCAAAGAAGGUAUUUUUAUUCAUAGUUUUCGUAUCUGUCUCAAGACUUGGUCAGAAAUAAUUUAAGAUUAAAAAAGCAAAAUGUUUUCCAAAAACACCAUCAUUACCUUUAUUUUUUUAAUUGUAAUUUUUAAAUAUAGUGAACCAUCCGGAACACCUGUCAGAAGAUGUUCCCGAAACUAUCCAUUUCCGCUGCACGUUCAAAUAGAAGAUUGUAAAAGUCUUCCGUGUGAAGUUACCAGAGGAACAUUAGCCCAAAUGGAUAUGCAGUUUGUAGCAACAAAAGAUGAAUCUUAUAAUCUGAAGGCAUCUAUUCAUGCAACAGUAUUAGGAAUUACAAUUCCAUUUGCUUUAAGCUCUGAAUCAGCUGAUGUUUGCAAGAAUCUCUUAUAUGGAGCAUAUUGCCCUUUAUAUGCCGAAGAAGACGUCACUUAUCACAUUGAUCUGCCACUAGAAAAUAAUAUUCCAGAAGUAAAUGUGAGAUGUGAAGUCAAAAUUUUAGAUUCGAAAAAAGACGUGGUGUCAUGUUUCAUUGCCGAUUUGAAAGUUAGAAAGGCAUAGUGACCUGGACGCAAGCACAAAUUAUAAUUCAUAUAUAAUUUUUAUUGUUUAGUUAUUUAUAUUUAGAUUAAGA